AUGCCAGGGGAACAACAGAACUUCGCCUCACAUUCUCCAACGCAAACACAUUUCAGCUACUCGCCUACCAACCGCUCGCACAACUCGAACCCUCCAACACCUGCGCCGCUCCAUUCGAGUUACAGCAACAACCACCAUCACAAGCCGAGCUCACCUCCGACCACCGGCCUGCCACCGCUGACAGCCGCGGUAUACCAACGCGAUAAUACGGGCUCCAGAUAUUACGAUCCGACUUUGGACCGUGGCGAUGGCACCAUAGGGCGAGCUGACACCCGGCCAAGUUCGCGUUACGGGCUCCAGAGUCGCGAGCCCUACGGCUAUCCAGACACUCGGCCAACCGAUCGACACUACGACCAGUACUACACAUCGCCAACAGCCGCGACUUUUGCGCAUGAGUCGCCGCCCCUGCCUCCACCGCCGCAUCCCUACCCAGGCCGCACGGAGCUUCCGCCUCACUCGCCUACCUCGCCAAAGGCAUACCACAACACAAGUGGAGGCGCCAUGCAGUCGACUCCAGCCACGCAUGCGCGGGUGCCGUCUCGUGAGGCGCAGACAUCCAGUCGGGCGGAUCCGAUGUCCCUUUCGAGCAUCAUGUCGGGCGACAACGACGAUCGGCCCACCACGUCCUCGUACCCUCCUCCCACUUCAGACUCUCGCCGGUCCUCCAAGGCUGCCAUGAACCCUCCAGUCAAGAUCAAAGAAGAGAGCACAGCUACUCCUGUAUCUCAUGAAACCCAUAUGAACGAGGCGCCGAUUGACGAUGAGAAUGACACUAUACACGUCAACGGCUAUGGGAGCGGAACUCCGCGCCUUUCAACGCCUGCUGGCGUUGCCCGGCCACCAGUUGACGAGAAGGCUAUUGAGGCCGAGCUGGCAGCGAUCGACGCCGCAGAUCACAGCGACGUUGAAGGCCCGGGGUUUGAAGAGGAGAGGAAACAGUUUAGUGAGCGCAGCCUCAAACGAGCGCUCGAGAUCGAACAGGGUGAAGGCGAAAAACGGAAGCGCCGCCGGACCGCGCACUUGACGCGAUACCAACUUGCCUUCCACGGUCACGCGAACAUAGCUCGACAGAACUACUUCAAGACGUACGAGAACGAAGCUUGGCAAGAAGUACAACAGCAAGAGAUCGCCGAAGAGAAGGAGAGGAAGAAAGACAUGCAGCGCAAGCGGAGACGCGAGAAGACCCUGCAAAACGAGAUUCAGAAACGGGACGAGGCUAUGAAAGCAGCGCAAGGGGCGCCCAACGAAGAUGAGAAGACACGGCUCAUUCGCGAGGCGGCAAAAGCUGCGAAGAAGGCCAAAGCUACGACUGAGCUCCUGCAGGGAGGCACGCCGAGCAAAGACCUAAGAGAAGUCACGCCGCUUGCGCCGAAUCUGGAGGGCGGUACGAUGAGCUCUUUUCAGAUGUCCGAGGACGCGCGCGAGCCACCUCGGAAGAAGGGCAGAACUGGCAACAGGCCGCGGAAAAGCAAAGAGCAGAAACAAGCAGAGAAGGAUGCGGCUGCUGCUGCGCAUGCUGCCAUGGAACGCGGAGAAGAGCUUCCUACAAUCCUUCCCAGGAAGGAGGCCCGAUUACAGGAGCUUCAGGACAUCCGGGAGCAGCGGAGUCAAACCGAGGAAACGACUCCGGUGAGGGUCAUCGCAUACGACUCAGAUAUCUACAAAAAGAUGGUCACCGACAUCCUGAAAGAUAUUGCCAAGAAGGAUGUGCCAAAGGUCAAGAGGAUCAAAGACAACUCCUACGACACCAAGGCGUCCAACCUUCGUAAGACUGCGCAGCUUGCAUCAAAAGAAGCCAAGCGCUGGCAGCAGCGUACGAACAAAAAUGUCAAAGACGUUCAAGCACGCGCGAAGAGGAGCAUGCGCGAGAUGCUCUCGUUCUGGAAGCGGAACGAGCGGGAUGAGCGUGACCAGCGAAAGAUGGCCGAGCGGCAAGAGCUAGAGAACUCUAAGAAGGCUGAGGCUGAGCGCGAAGCCAACCGGCAGAAGCGGAAGCUGAAUUUCUUGAUCUCUCAAACCGAGUUGUACUCGCACUUCAUCGGCAAGAAGGUUAAGACAGACGACAUCGAACGGUCCACGGACGACGUCGCUGUCUCCGGCCAGACAAUCAGGCCUGCGGCACCAGGCGCACACACUAUCGACUUGCCGGACAGCGUCGCCAAGGUUGGAACCAAGGUGACGAACUUUGAGGACCUAGACUUUGACGCAGAAGAUGAGACGGCACUCCGCGAAGCCGCAAUGGCAAACGCCCAAAAUGCUGUUAAGGAGGCUCAAGACCGCGCACGAGCUUUCAACGAGGGUGGUCAGGGGUCUGAGUCCGACGACGGCGAGAUGAAUUUCCAGAAUCCUACCAGUCUGCAGACCAUGGAUGUUGCGCAACCGAAGAUGCUCUCCUGCCAACUCAAGGAGUACCAGCUCAAAGGCCUCAACUGGCUUGUCAACUUGUAUGAGCAGGGUAUCAACGGCAUCCUGGCUGAUGAAAUGGGUCUCGGGAAAACUGUCCAAUCCAUCUCCGUCAUGGCUUAUCUAGCAGAAGUCCACGGUAUCUGGGGUCCUUUCCUGGUGAUUGCACCUGCGUCCACACUUCACAACUGGGAACAGGAGAUCCGGAAGUUUGUCCCGAAGAUGAAGGUCCUGCCUUACUGGGGCAACGCGAAAGACCGCAAAGUGCUCCGCAAGUUCUGGGACAGGAAACACAUUACCUACCGGGAAGAUGCGAUGUUCCACGUCUUGGUGACCUCGUACCAGCUUGUAGUACAGGAUGCGCAGUACUUCCAGAAGAUGAAGUGGCAGUAUAUGGUACUUGAUGAAGCGCAAGCCAUCAAGUCUUCACAGAGUUCGAGGUGGAAGAGCCUGCUCAGCUUUCACUGUCGGAAUCGACUUCUGCUCACGGGUACACCCAUCCAGAACAACAUGCAAGAGCUAUGGGCGCUCCUACAUUUCAUCAUGCCUAGUCUCUUCGAUUCGCAUGAUGAGUUCAGCGAUUGGUUCUCAAAAGACAUCGAGAGCCAUGCGCAGAGUAACACCAAGCUCAACGAGGACCAGCUCAAGCGCUUGCACAUGAUCCUCAAGCCCUUCAUGUUGCGGCGUAUCAAGAAGCAUGUGCAGAAGGAACUCGGCGACAAGAUCGAGGAGGACGUCUUCUGCGACCUUACGUACCGGCAGCGAGCAUACUACAGUGGUUUGCGCAACAAGAUUAGCAUCAUGGACCUCAUCGAGAAGGCCGCUGUCGGCGAUGAUCAGGACACUGCAACCUUGAUGAACUUGGUCAUGCAGUUCCGCAAGGUUUGCAACCAUCCAGAUCUCUUCGAGCGCGCGGAUACCACUUCACCCUUCUCAUUCUCCUAUUUUGCGGAGACGGCAUCGUUCAUGCGGGAGGGCAACAGCGUCAACAUGGGAUACUCGGUCCGCAAUAUCGUCGAGUACGGACUGCCAAGGCUCAUCGGUCGCAACGGAGGCCGCCUGGACAUUCCUGGUCCGGACAAUCAGAAGGCGGGCUGGAGAGGAAAGUACCUGUAUCACAUGAUGAAUAUCUGGGAUACGGAGAACAUUCUGCACAGCUCACGCAGCAACGGCGCUUUCUCUUGGCUUCGAUUCGCGGACGCGUCUGCCGGUGAGGUAUCUUCCAUCGCUCGGAGAGACAUCUUCGAACGCGCUGUUCAGCUUCGACGAUCACCACGACCCCUCGGAAGGUUUAAGGUAUGCUACGACUCACAAGACGAGUCAGAGUACACACCGAUCCAUGCACUGUUCAACAUCGCCCAGCAGAAUGACCGCAAGCCGUUGGCUGAGAUCACCGUGGAGGGCCGAAUGCACGCACUGCUCAACGUUUCAAAGACUGCCUUCGAGGACACUGGCUUGGAUGUCAUUGAGCCUUGCGCCAGACCCGCCGUGACCGCACCUCCGAUCGAGCUCUACUGCUCUAGCCAGGGCGUUGUGGCAGAGAAGCGAAAGGACUUCUUCAACCCACGAAUACGACAAGCCCUCUACGACAUCUCCGUAAAGACAGAGCAAGCUCUCCUCGAAGCGAAGGUCCCUCCAUCCCGCUACCCCACAACCAAUAUGCUUCCGGAACCAACCUCCCGCAAAUCGCGCUACACCCACAUCCAAGUCCCUUCAAUGCGGCGCUUCGUCACCGACUCCGGCAAGCUCGCGAAGCUUGACCAGCUGCUGCGCCAGCUAAAGGAAGGCGGCCACCGCGUGCUGCUCUACUUCCAAAUGACACGUAUGAUUGACCUCAUGGAAGAGUACCUCACCUACCGCAACUACAAAUACUGCCGGCUGGACGGGUCGACAAAACUCGAGGACCGCCGCGACACGGUGGCAGACUUCCAAACCCGGCCCGAGAUCUUCGUCUUCCUGCUCUCUACUCGGGCCGGCGGCCUCGGCAUCAAUCUCACGAGCGCUGAUACGGUCAUCUUCUACGACAGCGACUGGAACCCCACAAUCGACAGCCAGGCCAUGGACCGCGCGCACAGACUGGGUCAGACGAAGCAAGUAACCGUGUACCGGAUGAUCACGCGGGGCACGAUCGAAGAGCGCAUCCGCAAGCGCGCGCUCCAAAAGGAGGAGGUCCAGCGCGUCGUCAUCUCUGGCGGAGCAGGCGCGCAGGUCGACUUCAACACGCGCAGCCGCGAGAACAGGACCAAGGACAUUGCCAUGUGGCUCGCGGACGAUGAGCAGGCCGCCCAGAUCGAGAAGAAGGAGGCCGAGAUUGCGGAGGCAGAGAAGACGGCGCCGCAGGGGAGGAAGAAGAAGGGAGGCAGGAAGGGGAAGGACGUUAGUCUGGACGACAUGUAUCAUGAGGGUGAGGGCCACUUCGACGACGGCAGCACCAAGCCCUCGGGCGCGGCUACGCCUAUUCCUACAGCGGAGGCCCCGAUGAAGGGCAAGAAGAAGGGUACUUCGAAGAAAGCGAAGACGCUGAAGCAGCGGCUUGCUAUUGCGGAUGCGGAGGGCGAUAUGGGCUUGGGAGGGGGCAUGUAA